CAAAAUUUAGCAUUUGAACCGAACAGCCCGUAAAAGAGGGUCCUUCCUUUCUCUACUUAUUCUGAUCUCUCGAUCAAAAAUCAAAUCGUCGCCAACAUCCCAAAAAAAAAGGAGGAAAUACUCUCUCCGAUCAUUGUUCUUAGAUCUUUACUAGGUUUCUUCCAUCGAGAUCGAAAACAAUGAAGUUUGGCGAGAUGUUCAGCAAGUAUCUCCAUGACGAGGACGAGGCUUUUCUUCACAAUUGCUCGCAUGUGGAGUACAAGAAGCUGAAGAAAGUCCUCAGGGGCUGUCGAGUUUGUCGAGCGGUGAAAGUGGACGAGGAUUUUGACGCUGAUCUCGAUCCUGAUCCUGAUCAUCAAAGAACUGGCGGAUUAAUCAAGAAGAGAGAGGCGAUCGGGAAAGAGAACGAGAGUGAUUCUCUGUUGAGCGCUGAGGCGAUCGCGGAGAAGGAUCGUCAGGAGCUGUCAGAGUUUUGGAGCUGCGAUCAAUGUGCAUUGUGCGAUGAAAAGUUCUUUUCUGAAUUGGCAAGGGAGGCUUCAGAGGUAGCAGGAUGUUUCAGCUCAAGAGUAAGGCGUCUGCUCCAUCUCCAUGUUGCUCCUGGAGGUAUUCAGAGAUAUAUGUGGAAACUGCGUCAUUGCUUCACAGAUGAUCAGCAAGUCAUGGUUCAAGAAGGAAGGCUUUUACUUGAUUAUGUUACCAUGAAUGCUAUUGCUAUUCGAAAGAUAUUAAAGAAGUAUGACAAAGUACAUAGAUCUGUUACUGGCAGAAAUUUUAAGACUGAAAUGCAUGCUAAGAGGAUUGAACUUUUGCAGUCACCUUGGCUAAUUGAACUAGGUGCAUUUUAUGUAAACUUUACAGGGUCGGACAUUGGAGAACCUGGAGAAUUUUUCAGAAAGUUCUCUUGUGAUUUAAGUGGUGCACAACCUGUAAUGUCUAUGACCUUUUCUGACUCCAUUAAGUAUGAGUACAGUCUUACAUGUGCUGUUUGCCUGGACACUGUAUUUAAUCCAUAUGCUUUGAGCUGCGGACAUCUUUUCUGCAAAAGCUGUGCUUGCUCUUCAGCAUCUGUGCUGAUUUUCCAAGGUCUCAAGACAGCAUCUAAGAAAGCGAAGUGUCCUGUGUGUAGAUCGGUUGGCGUGUAUUGUGAUGCAGUGUGUAUGCAAGAGCUGGACCUGCUACUGAAGAAUAGGUGCAAAGACUAUUGGAGAGAGAGGCUGAGGGAGGAGCGUGCUGAGAUGUUAAAGCAAGCCAAAGAGUAUUGGGAAUACGAGAGGAGUGCUUUUCUGGGAUUUUGACUUUUGAAUUUUAGUCAGGGAGAUACCUAUAUAGCUUUUAGCACUACUAAAUGUGUUUUUCUUGGAUUGCAGUGCCUAGCACAGGCACAACCAAGUAAUCAGUUUAUGCAGGGUUUGUGCAGAAUUCUGUAGCCCUUUCUUGUAUAUUAGGCUGUUGUGUACUCUUUUAAUAACGAUGGCGAUGUUUUCGAUAAACUGUUGUGCUUAGCAGAUGAUCUGUUCGAAGCCAAGAUCUUAUUGCAGGGUUUGUGAAGAAUUGGUACAUAACGGACGUAAACAUCGAGGACCUGCAGAUCACUUGGUUAGAAAAUGCCCACAAGAAGUUGCAUAAAAGAAAAGCAACAUGUUUGUUUUGUGACUGUCAUCAGUUGUUGCUGGUAAUAGUUUUGUACUUUGAAAUUGUUAUUAUCUUGUUGAAAUCGUCGUUUGUUACUUGAAUAAUAUACGGUCCGUAUACCGUCUAAUAUUGUUCUUCUA